ACCUCUAGAGUUGGGAGUAGCAAAGAAAAGUCGGGGAGGUACCUAAUAGUACGAAUAUUGCCGGCUCCGAAAACGCAGAUUCUUGUGGUGGUCAGACGAGUUUCCAAAAGUGCAACUGAAAAGCAACUCUGAUUCUACUGAUUCUGAAACGAGUGAUUCAUUGCAGAAGAGACAAAAAGGAAGAAGGAUACUUGGGAGGCCCAAGGAAAACAUGACGUCUCAAUUUGACUAUUCCUAUCCCUGGCCGCUGGAGGGGUACGAGGGGCUUGAACCAUUAUCGGAAGAAAGAAAUGAAGAUGGGAAAUCACUCAAAAACCCACAGCAUGGGGUGUUGAGUAAAGCAUACGAGGAGUUUCCGGACCCCUUGUGCAAGGACCGGAGAGGAGGGUUUGAUAUUCAUAUUUAUCAUUUUCAAAAUAAUCCCGAACAAGCCGCAUUUGCCAAAGCCCUCUGGGAACGAAUACGGCGCGAAUUCCCCGAACUCCGCAUCUACGCUUUCUUCGACCGUCCUGUCGGUCCGCAUCCCGUUGCCAUGUUCGAAGUGAACAUCUUCACACCCGCGCAGUUCGGUGCGUUUGUUCCAUGGCUGGUCAUUAAUCGUGGCCCAUUGAGCGCGUUGAUACAUCCGAACACAACUCCUGGGGCAGCCGAAGAGUUGAGAAACCAUACCCAGCAGGCGACGUGGUUGGGGGAAAGGAUUCCUCUGGACUUGACGCUUUUUAACAAGAUGAAGGAAAAGGAAAAGGAAGCUCUUGGGCAGUCAUGAUGGUACUUUCAGGGUGAAUGAUUAAUCAAUAUCACGUUAUAUUCGAUUAAGAGAUCAGAAUUAGAUCGAUCGACAGUGCAUCUGAAAGUCUUGUAGGACAUGAGUAUGGGCUCUUCUGCGUAGGUGUCGAGAGAGCGUCUCGAAACGGAUAGAGAGGAUACUUUUCACUAGGUACACUGUAUACUUGAGAAUUUAUCACUGCCGGCGCUCUACUGUAAUAGCAAAGAGGAUCUGGCCGAAGUCGCGAACCCCGCGGAUUUUGUAAUAAUAAAGGUGGUCGAGGUAGCUAGUUACCUAGACAAACAAGCUCAUACUAAGAUCUACAACCGACUGAAUAGUUAGUUAGUUAC